AUGUCACAGUUCUGUCGAUUGGACGUUAUCAGCUAUGUCAAGAGCUUGACCCCAGUUUGGGUUGAUAAAUUUGGAUUAACAUCCGGACAAUGGUUUUACCAUCCAUUGAUUGGAUACUCAGCGGUAGGAAUCAAGGGUAUCUACGGAUGCACGGUGAUGAUGGUAAUUUCAGAAAAGGGUGGGUACAUCUCGCAUAUCUGGGAGGAACCUGUAUUCGUUGACCAUAACUUCAAUCCAAGCGAUGACGACUCUUUCACUAUGAAUACAUUCAAUGCCCUCCGAGACGGAACCAUAUAUGUGCAAAGCGUGGCGGCUCUGAUUGGAACUGACCAGAACCCUGGUGUCCUCAAUGCAAUAUACGCACCCAAAGUGUUUGUCUUCACGCCGUUCACCACCGAAUGGGAUCGACUAAACUUCGGUAUCUCCACCACUCUGAGAUAUCAAUCCAGGGCUGAAGCUCUCGCACAAAAGAUUGCUGGCAUUAUUCCUGGUUCUGGUGGAAAUGGAAUCACAGUAGGCUAUACACGUACAAGCCCACAGUCAUCGAGCCAGGAAGCAGGCAUUGCAGGACGAGUCAUUCUGGAGGUAGAACCUUUUCAAACAUGGUUCACUGCUCCCCGUGAUUCAAACUCUGCGGGUCUUCAAAUCGGCCGUUGGCGCCUGUGGGUGGAGGAUCAGUUGAUCACCUACCAGGACUUCUGGCUUCCGCAUAACACAGCUCCUGGGGGCUCCUUUCAAUCGCAGGUUUCUGGCCAUACCAGCCUAUGUAGCACUUGUGCUAAUUCCCCUUGA